CCUUGACCCUAUCGACAUAUAUCGCUUUGACAUAAAUAUGGCGCUCUCCAAGUGUAUCAAUUUUAGGUUAGCAAGAACGGGCAAGAGCUUUGCCAACCGGCGAUUCAGCGUUACGUCUUCCCAGCGAAGUUCAGCUUAUAGUGAAAAAAAAAACGACGAAGAUGAGAGCAGAGAAACACAUUUUGGCUAUCAAACUGUCAAAGAAAGUGAAAAAGCGAAAAAAGUUCAUGCUGUGUUUGAAAACGUUGCUGGGUCAUACGACGUGAUGAACGAUGCAAUGAGUCUCGGUAUUCAUCGAGUGUGGAAAGAUAUUUUUAUCCAACGCUUGGGACCGACACACGGUACGAAAUUGUUGGACGUAGCUGGCGGCACGGGUGACAUAACUUUCCGAUAUUUAAAUUACUUGAAAAAUACGAGAAACCCAGAAAAUUUGCAAAGCCAUGUGACUGUGUGCGACAUAAAUGAGGCAAUGUUAGAUGUUGGCAAAGCUAGAGCUGAAAAACAAGGAUGGACUGUCGACAAAGGCUACGACAUCACCUGGCAACAAGGUGACGCCGAGAAACUACCUUUUGCCAAUGAUUCUUUUACAGCCUACACUAUUGCCUUUGGGAUUAGAAACGUCACGCAUGUCGAAAAUGUACUCGCCGAAGCUUAUAGAGUUCUCCAGCCAGGUGGACGUUUCCUGUGCCUUGAGUUCAGCCAUUUGAAUAACGAGGCAUUGCAAUGGAUCUAUGACAAGUACUCCUUUCAAAUGAUCCCAGUUAUGGGCAUGCUAAUUGCUGGACAGUGGGAACCUUACCAAUAUCUUGUUGAAAGUAUUAGAAAAUUUCCCAGGCAAGACGAUUUUAAGAACAUGAUCGAGGAUGCUGGAUUUAGACAAGUAAAUUACGAAAAUCUAACUUUUGGUGUUGUCGCCAUACACUCAGGAUUUAAACUAUAAUUACCUAAUUAUUCUUGAUGAGCAGCACGAACACAUGUAUCAAUAACUAACGUGUAUAAAGUUAUAUGAUAAUUUAGUGUAUUGUGUGUAAUAAAUAGUAAAAUGUUAUCGCAUCAUUAAAUAAACAGAGAAAUGUU